AUCGUCGGCCAUCUUGAUAUAUUGUACAUAAUAAAUAAACCCAGUUCCUCACAGAAGUUAUUUGUCACAUGGACUAGAACUUGUACGUGAGGGUUAGUUUUUACAAUAAUUUUCAUUUAUAAAUGACAUUUUAAAUAUAAGCAACUUCAACAUUCGCUAUAACGAGAAUCCCUUUUCCAUGUCAACUCCAAUUCAGAAUAAUCAUUGAGAAAUUAAACGUAGAAUGCUCACUUUCAGCCCUAUUCUGUAACUUUUAACAAAUCGAAUAGAAAUGACCAAGUCGAAUCGUAAUUACACGAAAUCGGAAUGUUUGAUAUCUAUCGCGUCGUUUUCGUGUUUGGAUUGGCAUUGUGUAACUCACAUCGUAAUCACUUCAAAUCGGAAUCUUCAAUUUCUAUUUGACGCACUCACGAGGUGGUGACAACCUCGCAAUGAAAAGUGAAUUAAGUGUUCUGUGACGUUAAGUUACUGGAAAGGCUAGUGCGGCGCGUAGGAUUUAUCAAAAAAAGAAGUAUUUAGUUAUAAUUCAAAUUUUGUUUUUUUUUUGUUUGUUUUUGUUUAAGCUUUGCUUUGCUUAGGUGUUUAAGAAGACCACGUGUACGAGUAUAAAAUCUAUAAAACAUGGCAAGCGGAACACCAAAGAAGAAAGCAUCUUCUGAUCAGCUAAAUUUCUUGGUGGAUUUUAUCGCUGGGAACAAGAUACUGUUACAUGGUAAAACCAAACCGUCAGAGGCUGAUAACAACACAAUUGAUAAAUUGUGGGACGAGUUAACACUUUCACUGAAUGCUAUGGGCUCAGGUCCCCAAAAAUCCAAAGCUCAGUGGAAGAAAACCUUCAUCGACUGGAAGAGUCACACGAAGAAAAAAGCCAGAGAGUGCGUUAAGUCGGAACAACGGACAGGAGGUGGGGAAGGUGAUGGAAAAGCACUGACCCCCAUCGAGGAAAAGGAAGGUGCUGAUGUUCACGAAAUAGGCUUUGAACCUGUUAAUGCAGAACCUCAAUUAUACAAUGACGUCAUAACUGAGGUACACAUGGAUGACAGAUAUUUGGAUGGACCAGAGGAGACAGUUGAGAUAACAGUAUUACCUGGUUCUAGUAAAUUAAAACGUCCAGCAGAGUCUCAACCAUAUGUAGAACCCAAGAGAAAAGCAACAACAGCAAAAGAUAAAGGUAGUAAUCUCCAAAAGGCAGCAAAGGCAUAUGCUGUAGGCCAAAGAGAAACUGCCACAAUCUUGGAGAGAUUGGUAGCAUUAAAAGACUCACCAGCAGAGACUGAUCCGUUUCGGCAACGAGAAUUAGACUUGAAGGAGUUUGAAUUAAAAGUAAGGUGCUUCGAAGCAAAAAACAAAAAAAGGGAAGAGUUGAAGGAGCUCGAGUUAAAAAUAAGACACUUCGCAGCAGAGAAUAAAAAAAGAGAGUUAGAUGUAAGAGAAAAAGAACUAGAAGAGAGAGUUAAAAGAGAGGGAGCUUAGAGAGAGGGAGCUGAAC